UCGUGGAGCCGGCGGGGAGGCGCCGACGCCGCGUUGGGCUCCAGUGGCUGACCCGAGCACCGGGCCGUUUCCUCUGCCCGUCUUCCGGGAAGCUCCGUCCGCGGGCUCCGCGCUGGGCAUCGGCCGCGGGCCGGCCCGUCCGCCCGGGAAGCGCCAUGGCCGGCUACGUGCCGGGCCAGCUGCCGCUCAACCGCAGACAGGAGAAGGAGUUCGUGCAGGCCUACGAGGACGUGCUGGAGCGCUAUAAAGAUGAACGGGACCGGGUCCAGAAAAAGACCUUCACAAAAUGGGUGAAUAAGCACCUGAUGAAGGUGCGCAAGCACAUCAAUGACCUCUACGAGGAUCUGCGAGAUGGCCACAACCUCAUCUCCCUGCUGGAGGUCCUUUCAGGCGUCAAGUUGCCUCGAGAAAAGGGGAGGAUGCGCUUCCACCGCCUGCAGAACGUUCAGAUUGCGCUGGACUUCCUCAAACAGCGUCAGGUGAAACUGGUGAACAUUCGUAAUGACGACAUCACCGAUGGGAACCCGAAACUUACCCUGGGUCUGAUCUGGACGAUUAUCCUUCAUUUCCAGAUCUCUGACAUCUACAUCAGUGGAGAGUCGGGGGACAUGUCUGCUAAGGAAAAGCUCCUUUUGUGGUCACAGAAAGUAACGGCUGGUUACGUGGGACUCAAGUGCACCAACUUCUCUUCCUGUUGGAGUGACGGGAAGAUGUUCAAUGCCGUCAUCCAUAGAUAUCGACCAGACCUUGUGGACAUGGAGAGAGUUUACCUUCAAAGCAACCAAGAGAACCUGGAGCAGGCCUUUGAGAUUGCUGAACGGCUUGGGGUCACCAGGUUGUUGGAUUCAGAAGAUGUUGAUGUCCCUUCACCAGAUGAAAAAUCUGUAAUCACUUAUGUGUCUUCAAUUUAUGAUGCCUUCCCCAAAGUCCCUGAGGGAGGAGAAGGAAUUAGUGCCACUGAAGUGGACACAAAGUGGUUAGAAUAUCAAACCUGUGUAGAAACACUCAUCAGCUGGAUCAAGCAGCAUACGAUACAGAUGUCUGACAAAUCUUUCCCCCAAAACCCUGUAAAGCUCAAGGCACUUUAUAACCAGUAUAUCCACUUUAAAGAAACAGAAAUUCCAACCAAACAGUUAGAAAAAAGAAGCAUUGAAGAGUUAUACAAAUUGCUGGAGGUUUGGAUUGAAUUUGGCCGACUGAAGCUACCGCAGGGCUACCAUCCCAACAACGUGGAAGAAGAGUGGGGAAAGCUGAUCAUAGAGAUGCUGGAGCGCGAGAAGCUGCUGCGACCGGCUGUGGAAAGACUGGAGUUGCUGCUGCAGAGAGCAAACAAGAUUCAGAAUGGGACCCUCAGCUGUGAGGAAAAGCUCACCUUGGCAAGGAACACGCUGCAGGCUGAUGAAGCCCACUUGGAGUCGGGCCAGCCAGUGCAGUAUGAAUCUGAGGUCGUCAUGUACCUCCAAGAGUGCGAGGGACUCCUCCGACAGCUGCAGGCAGAUGUUCAGAUACUCCGGGAUGAGAACUAUUACCAGUUGGAGGAGUUGGUCUUCAAGAUUGUGCGGCUUCAAGAUGAAUUGGUAACUUUGAGGCUGGAAUGUACCAACCUUUACCGGAAAGGUCACUUCUCCUCCCCCUCCUCCUUGGACUUGGCACAGCCUUCCUCCUUGAGCACCAGACACGUGAAGACGGAACCUCUGCUAAAAGGAACGAUUGCCCCUCCUGCCUCUGCCUCCUGGAUUCGGAAGCCAAUGACUCGCGUGGAGUUGGUGUCCAUUUCAUCCUCUGAAGACGAGGGCAGCCUCCGCUUUGUGUAUGAGCUGCUCUCUUGGGUAGAAGAGUUACAGAUGAAGCUGGAGCGGUCUGAAUGGGGGAAUGACUUGCCCACCGUGGAAGCCCAGCUGGAGGUUCAGCGCCAGGUCCACAGUAGCGUCGAAGGCAUGGGCUCCAGUGUGAAGGAGGCCAGGAUGUACGAGGGUAAAAUGUCUUCAAAUUUCCGUGCUAGCUAUACUGAAACCCUAGGGAAACUGGAGACGCAGUACUGCAAACUGAUGGAGACAUCCAGUUUCCGACUACGCCACCUCCAAAGUUUGUAUGAGUUUGUAUCACAAGCGACAACUGAAUUAAUUUGGCUAAAUGAAAAGGAGGAGGAAGAGCUUGCGUAUGACUGGAGUGAAAACAACCCUAACCUGACAACGAAGAAGAAUUACUUCUCAGAGCUGACAGAGGAGCUGGAGGAGAAGCAGGACGUCUUCCGUGCCCUGCAAGAUUCUGCCGAACUGCUCUCAUUGGAGAAUCACCCUGCCAAGCAAACGGUGGAGGCCUACAGUGCUGCAGUUCAGACGCAGUGGCAUUGGAUCAAGCAGCUAUGCUUGUGUGUGGAUCAGCACUUGAGGGAGAACACCGCCUACUUCCAGUUCUUCGGUGAUGCUCGGGAGUCUGAGAUGUUCUUGAAGAACCUCCAGGACAACAUCAAAAGGAAGUAUUCUUGUGACCGCAAUACCAGCCUGACCCGCCUGGAGGACCUGCUCCAGGAUUCCAUGGACGAAAAGGAGCAGCUCAUCCAGUCCAAGAGCUCCGUGGGCAGCUUAGUGGGAAGGUCCAAAAGCAUCGUCCAGCUGAAGCCCCGGAACCCCGAGAGUCCUUUGAAGAGCACCAUCUCCGUGAAGGCGGCUUGUGAUUACCGCCAAAUUGAGAUCACCAUCUGCCGCAACGACGAGUGUGUGCUGAAAGACAACGCUCAGCGAACCAAGUGGAAAGUGAUCAGUCCCGCUGGGAAUGAGGCCACGGUGCCCUCGGUUUGCUUCUUGGUUCCCCCUCCCAACAGAGAGGCCAUCGAAAUGGCCAGCAGAGUGGAGCAGCUCUACCAGAAGGUGAUGUCCUUGUGGCACCAAUUGCAUGUCAACAUGAAAAGCCUGGUCUCCUGGAACUACUUGAGGAAGGAUAUCGCUUUGGUGCAGAGUUGGAACCUGGAGAAGCUGCGGGCUCUGGCCCCAGGAGAGUGCCACCACGCUGUGAAGAACCUGCAGGUGCACUUUGAAGACUUCUUGGAGGACAGCCGGGACUCAGAGAUCUUCUCCCUGGCAGAUCGGCUGCACCUCGAGGAAGAAGUUGAUGCGUGCAAAGAGAAUUUUCAGCGGCUUCUGCAGUCCAUGGAAAACGAGGAUAAAGAUGAGACCGCUUCUCGGACUUACCUCUCUGAGCUCAAGAACAUCCGGCUUCACCUGGAGGAAUGUGAGCAGCGGCUGGUGGGCACCAUCCGGACACCAAGCAGCACCAGAACCGACGGGGAUGCUCUGCAGGAAAACACUUUCCGAAUGGCCGAGCAGGAGCGCCUGAAGGGAGAUUUGCACCAGCUGAGAGUCGACCUGGACCAACUGGCUGAGAGAUGCCACAUUUUUUUGCACAAGUCUCCCACAGGGUCAAGUACACCACAACUUCGUACUGAGCUGAACCUGCUGGUGGAAAAGAUGGACCAGGUCUAUGGGCUCUCAGCAGUCUACCUGGACAAGCUAAAGAUGGUUGAUGUUAUCAUUCAGAAUACGCAAGGAGCCGAAUCCUUGGUGAAAGGCUAUGAGGUGAAAUUGAGUCAAGAGGAAGCUGUGCCUGCGGACAUCAUCGCCAUUCAGUCCCACCGGGUCUCCUUGCAGCACUGGAUCAGUGAAGUGAACACCAAGAGCGCCGUCUUUGCAACCUUGGAGGAUGACUUGGCAAGAGCCAAGCGGGUAGCAGACCAGCUGUACCGCUUGAAGCGGGAGCGCAGCCUGGACCUGGAGCAUUACCAGGAGAAGCGGGCUCAGCUGUGGGAUCGCUGGCAAAGAGUCAACCUGCAGAUGGAGACUCGAAAAUCUGAGCUGGAGAAUAUUGAGGAUGUUCUCAGGGAUUAUCGGAACUGCCACGGGGCGCUUGUCCAGUGGAUUGAGCAGACCACAGCCCAGCAGGAGCUGAUGAAGCCUGGACAAGCCGAGGACAGCCGGGUGCUCUCAGAGCAGCUCAGCCAACAGAUGGCACUGUUUGCUGAAAUAGAAGCAAAUCAAGCCAAUCUGGACCAGUGUCAGAAACUGUCUCAGCAAUAUUCAAUUGCUGUCAAGGAGUAUGAGUUGCAGCUCAUGACCUACCGUGCCUUUGUGGAAUCUCAACAAAAAUCCCCCGUGAAGCGCCGGCGUGUCCUUUCCUCCUCCGACGCCAUCACGCAAGAGUUCAUGGAUUUACGGACACACUAUACAGCCUUGGUCACAUUGACUACACAACAUGUGAAGUACAUAAGUGAUGCUCUCCGGCGCCUGGAAGAGGAAGAAAAAGUUGUAGAAGAAGAGAAGCAGGAACACAUGGACAAGGUGAAAGAACUCCUGCGCUGGGUCACAAGCUUCAAGCAGAAUCCACCAUUCAGAAGCAUCUCACCCACAAAGAGGAAAAUGCUGGGAGAUAUUGAGAAGUCCAUUUUGGACCAGCAGGGCCUGAAUGAAGAGUUGGCUGCAAAGAAGGAGGAAGUCUCAGAAGCUAUAAAAACUACUCAAAUAUUUCUUGCAAAGCAUAACAACAAGCUUUCAGACCAGGAGAAGGGGCAGAUUUCAGUCCAGCUGGACGCUCUCAAAGAAACUUACCACCAGCUCUGCUGUGAUUCCACAGAACAGCUUCAGCAGUUGCAGAGGCACAUGGCUCAGGAGAUGGCACAUAAGGGAAACGAGGCUAUCGCUGGAGUGCUAGAUCUUGGCACAAUGGAAGUCUUCUCUAUUUUUGACGCCAUGCAAAAAGGUCUCCUAAACCAAGAAACAGGCCUUCUCCUCUUGGAAGUCCAGGUGGUCACAGCUGGUCUGGUGGUUCCCAGUGUCAGUGAAAAGCUCUCCCUAGCAGAAUGCCUAACCACAGACGUAAUAAAUGGCAAGAUCUACCAACAUUUAGAGGAAAUGCAGGAUGCUGUCCAGCUGAUCCAGAACAUGCAACUCAAAGACAGCCCCUUUCAUCCUGUUGUUGCUGCUAUCAAAAAUGGAAUCAUCAGUGAAAAUACUGGGCUAAAAAUAGCACAAGUACAGCUUCUCACUGGAAACUUUAUAGAUCCUUCCAGCCAUGAGCAAAUUGGUUUAGAAGAUGCUCUUCAAAAAGGCAUCAUUACCAACCAUUUUCAUGAGAAAUUGGUAAAUUGCUUAAAAUCUUGUGAGGAGGCUUUGACUGACCCAAACUCAGCUGAGAAAAUUAGCUUCCAUGAUCUGUUGCAGCAGUGCGUCCCACACCAGGAGACUGGACUGAAAUUGUUCCCAAUAAAACAGGAGGCGUCAGGUGGGACGCUAAGCUUGCAGUCAGGCCCAGAAGCUGCUGCCCUCUCUGCAGUUCAUGAAGGACUAGUGGAAAAGGAAGUGACAAUGGCAUUACUAGGGGCCCAUCUCUUUGCUGGUGGCCUUGAGGACCCCAAAAGGGAUUGCCAGCUAACUGUGGAGGAAGCUGGAAGAGAUCAUUUACUUAAACAAAAACUGGUUUGUGAUCUGGUCAGACAAUUGCAGACUGGUGGCAUCGUAGAUCCACUUACCGGAGAGAGACUUUCACUUCAGAAAGCAAUAGAGGGAGGCCUGGUGACAUCAAGGCUUGCCGUGAUGAUCCUGGAAUCCCUUCGUUCGUUUGUAGGACUUGUGAGGCCCGAGUCAGGAGAGGUUGUGCCUGUUAUGGAUUCUCUGGAGCAAGGUACCCUAACUUCUGAGUUGGCUGAUAAAAUUUUAAGAGGCAGGCAAAAUAUCAAAGCACUUUUUGAAGCAGAGACUAAUGAAAUCCUUCCAUGGAAGAAGGCUGUUGAUUGUGGAAUCCUGAAUAAAGACGUUGCCAAAACAUUAAAAUCAACUUGCCUCCCUGACUUCAUUCCAGGGAUGCCCCUUUCUGGCCCCUCAAGCAGCUUCCAAAGGAGAAGCUCUUCCUCUGCUCAACCAGCAGGUCAUGGAGAAGAAAACAAGGAUCCCUUAAGAAGCUGUGAAGAAAGGACGUUGCUCUAUUUGAUGACUCACAGCUAUGUAAACAUCCACAAUGGUGAAAAAUUGCUUCUGGUAGAUGAAGAGUUAAAUAGCCUGUCCGAAAUCCUGGUGCCAGCAAAAGGAAAUGGCUCUAGCAUUGACCUCUUAGAAGCUGGCAAAAUGCAACCCCAAGAAUGGUGUGAGGAUGUUGGCAAGAAUGCCACAAUUGUAGAAAUUGGAUCCCCCAAUAAAAUAAUUUUGAAGAAACUUGAUUCAUCUGCAUCAGAAAACAAACGGGAACAAAAUCUGCAACCCCACAUUUCUCUACCUAGCAAAAGAAUUGAAUUGGAAAUUGGAGAUAUAAAUGAAUUUGUGAAUGUGAAGGAACAAGAAACGGAAGCUGAUCUUUCAGGAGACUUCAAAAGUGGGAUAGAUGACCCCAGAAGAGAGCAAGGUUUGAUGAUGAUGCAGAACAAGAGUCAAAUGGAGUUGCAAGAAUGCAAGUCCAAUUUUGAAAUGGAAACUAGGAAUAAAGAAGUCAAGUGGGAAGAUGCCAAGCAUGAAAAGCAACUGUCAGAAGAGGAAAAGAUGACAUUGGAAGAGCAAGAGAGCAAAAUGGGAAAAAGUGAUGUCAGACAAAUAGAUUUGAGUGCUGACAGUUUGGAAAAGAUGGAAAAAUCUCACAUUUUAGAAGAUGUGACUCUUGCAGGAGUAGAUAGGAGGCCAGAGGCUACCAACUGGCCAAGCAUGGGAAAAGUGCAAAAUGGAUCAACAGAUUGCCUUUUUAUUCCAGCCGAAGGGAAACCUGUAGAUGGACAUAUUAAAAGGGAGCAGAUGGCCACAGACGAAAGAGUAGUUCCUGCCUACCAAAGUGCUACUUCUGUAUUGCCAAAACUGUCUACGGAAGACAGCACUCUGAAUGGGUUGUUAAUGCAGCUGCAAGAAGGUGGCAUAAUUCAUGAACAGACAGGGAAGAAGAUGCUCCUGGAUGAGGCCAUUGCCUGCGGAGCUGUGCCCAGCCAUACGGCCAUUAAAGUGAUGGGUGAGAUGAAAAUGUUUAGCGGCUUCUUUGAUGCAGAGACCUCUGAGUCAUUAACCACUGAAGAAGUCAUCAGUGCAGGGUUGAUGGAUGAGAACCUUGUCCAGAAGGUAUUAGCUUCAGACCAAACCAUAAGUGGUAUUAUUGACCCAUGGAACAAAAGCAUUUACUCCAUCAAGGAGGCAUCUGAGUUUGGGCUAUUGGAUAAAGAAACUGCUACCAGAAUUCUGGAGGCACAAAUAGUUACUGGAGGAAUUGUUGAUUUCAAGCGUGGCAAAAAAAUGUCAGUCACUUUGGCUUCCAACCUUGGCCUAAUACACAAAUCCACUCAAGAAAAUCUUAAGAAGCUGGAGAAAGCAUCUAAAGGCAAAUAUGCUGAUGACACAACUAAAGAAAAACUCAUUGCUCUGCAGGCUGAAAUAGGAGGUAUCUUGGAUCCUCACACUAAAGAACCACUGACUAUUAUUCAGGCUGUAAAAAAGGGACAUCUGAGUGAGGAAAAGGCCUUUAGACUCCUAACUAAGCAGAUAGCCAACGGAGGCAUCCUUCACCACAAGACUGGCAUGAGGCUUUGCAUUGAGGAUGCUAUGGAACAUGGAUUGAUUGAUGAAAACCUCUACCAAGAUCUCAAAAAGGCAGAAGACAUAUGCCUACACCAUUCCAUUUAUCCUGAAAGGAACAAAAUUGUGUCCUUACCUCAAGCCAUAUCCCUUGGAUUAAUCAGCUCAGAUUUUCAAAGAAAAGUUCAAGAAAUACAAGCCUCAACUGGAAGCAUAUUUGACCCUGGUCUUGGCCAGAAAAUUACAUUGAUGGAAGCUGUUAAGAAAGGAUUAAUAUCUAAACUAGUUAUGGGACAAGCAGUGGUCGCCUCUGAAAUGAAGGAAGCUAUUCUUUAUCCAGGAAACUGUAGAUUGGUCCCAUAUUCAGAAUUGGUCAGAAGAAGCAAAAUUGACGUUGAGUCAGGGCAUAGAUACUUAGAAGUUAUUCCCUUUCAAGACAUAAGAGAUGAGGUGACUGGGGAUGGACUGUUGUGUUCUCAGGCAGUUAAGCUUGGAAAAGUAGACCCCACACUUGCUUUGAGGUUGCUGCAGGCUCAGGCAGACACAAGUGGCAUCCUGGAAACUUCUACUGGCCAAAGACUGUCAUUGGCAUCUGCUCUGGAAAAAGAAGUUCUAGAUGAAGAUACAGCUAAGACCAUUGCUAUUAAUCAGAUUUUGGCUGGAGGGAUUGUUACUGCUGAGAGUGGAAAGAGGGUAACCUUGAAAGAGGCCACUGAAAAAGGCUUAAUCACCCCCAAAUUAGCCAGGGCAAUUCAAGAACCUGAUUUAGAAGAGCGUAAAGGCCCUGAGCCCCAGAGGUUGCUGCAAAAUGAUGCCAUUCAUAAAUAUCCUAGUAGCAAAGAACUGGUGAUGCCACCUGAAGCAACAGAUUCCAGUGCUUCUGCCAAUGCUGGCAUUGCUUCCUUGGAAGCAGGUGGGAAGACGGAGAGAGACGAAUCGAGUCCCCCACCCCCUUCUACUGUCCCAACUGUGGACAGUUCGGUCAGUCAAUUUUUAGAGGAGAACAAACUGGCAUCUGAGCUUGCCUUCAUGUUGGACCCAGCUGAAGGCCUGAGAAUAAAGACCCAGAAAAAAAAUAGUAAAAAGAAAAAUAAGUUGAGGAAGAAAGAACCUUUUAAAGGAGAGCCAGAAAGGCAAACAAGAAGUAAUCCAGAGGCUGAAAAGAUACUAGAAGGAACUUCCCCUGUGGACAGUAGCACGAUUAACAGAGACCAGGAGCAAAAAGAAAACGUGGUUCAGCCAGAAGAAAGUGCUUGUGUAGCCUUUGGCCCUGAAAUAGCGAAUAGAACCCUCUGCAUAGAAUCUGUAGCAUCCAAAGAACUCAGUUCUAUAAUUCAACAAGAGAAAGAAGACGAUGGUAGACAUUUACAAGGAUCUACCAAGAUUGUGUCCAAGAAGCAGGCUGAUAACACAUUCCUUAGGGAUGCCAAAAUGGAGCUACCAAGUCAAGGUUCAGAACUAAAAGCUCAUGAACUCAGCAUUUCGGAAAGUGUUGACUCAAAAACCAUUAAGAAGAAGAAAGCAAAAAAGAUUAAGAAACAGAGCGCUCCCUCAUCAAAUUCCAGGGACACCACCAUGACAAGAAAAAUCAAGGGGGAGUUAAUCCCUAGCAGUGUAGAAUCCUUGCAGGAAAAUCCAUCUGGUGGGGUAACAAGCCCACUUAAACGAGGUGAAGUUAAAAGUCAGGACCAUCAGGUAGGCAGGAAAGAGAAGCAGUAUGUUGGAACCGAAGAGAGCAUUAUAGGUGACAAAAAGAUAAAUAUUGCCCCAAAGAGAGAUGCAACAGAAGAGGUUUCUGCACAAAAGGCAAGACUUUACAGAGAUUCUUCAAUAGAGACUAUAGAAAAACAAAUAUUGCUUAAAAAAAAGCAAAAAUAUUUUAGGUCAGAAGAGCAGGUACCCAAGCAUACAGAAUCCUUUGGGUCUUCUGAGUCACAACCAGAAGAUCUUCAGAACAGAAAAAAAUUAGAGGACAAGUUAAGUUCUUAUUUCUCUGUGACAUCAUUCAUACAAGAAGAAACUGGGGUCAAAGAAGUAUCUGGAAAAGAUGAAAACAUUAAUCAUAAAGAGCCGUCCAUGUCUUCAGAAGCAGAAGAGUCGGGGCAAGAAAGUGACAUUAUUGGACCAGAGGGACAAAUGCUACCAGACAGGGAGUUUCCAGAAAGCAAAAGGGAUUCUUCUGAAAAGCUGUGCAUGCAGCAGGAAUCGGCAGAAAUCAGAGAAGUUGGGAAUGUUGAUUAUUCUUCCUGCAUGGUUGAAAAUACAGAAGAGAAAUGUCAAGAUGCUUCCACAUCUACCAAGGCUCCAUCCAGCAAAUGGCUUUGCCUGAACUAUGACGAAAGGCUAGUUGCGCUGCUCUCCAGAGUGCGGAGCAUUGAGAUGCGCAUGCAGAGGGUUCAGCUGGCGGAGCUGAACCUCCAAGCGCUGCAGGAGCUGCUUCUCCAGGCUGAGGUCUUGGAUGGGGAACUGAAGGAUCUGUCAGCGCCUGUGAAUGAGGAGCUGGAAGCUGUGGAAGGGCUCGUGGCCAGCUCUCCUCAGGAGGUCCCUGAGCAAUUACUGAGGGCUUUGGAGAAAGACGCCAAGAAUCUUUUGAAGUCUUUCGGCUCGGUCAGUGACAUUCUGACUUCUUGGCUGCUAAACCUUCACACUGCAGCAGAAGCAGAAAAGGCUAAAAUCCAAACUCGGCAUGGUGAACUGCAUGGCAGGCUGCAAGGGCUGCUGAAGUGGGUGAGAGACGCCGCCCAGCAACUCAAUGCCCUUGGAUCCAGUGCUGGGACCGAGGCCGGCAGUUGGACCCCCUACCUCCAACGAUGCAAGGAACUGACAAAGCCCCUGACAGAGACUAAAACUCAACUUGAUGAGACGGCCUCGAAUACCCAGUUCUUCAUUUCUGAGCACGUGCAAGACUUGAACCCUGAGCAAAGCGGGCAGUUGCUGAGGCUGCUGAACGACCUGCAGAGGUCUUUUCGGGAGUUGUUGGAGAGAGUGACCCCACACACUGAGGUCCUGCAGACGCUGCAAGAACAACAAGCUAUACGAGACCACAAGCUGCAGGAGAUGUGCACCUGGAUGGCUCAGGCAGAGGACCGGCUGCAGGGUUCUCAAGCAGCCACCACAGGGGCAUCGGGAGAAGACCUCUCUGUCCUGGAGCAAAGCCAGAAAGAUGUGGCCGACUUGCGUCGGAGUCUGCACAGCCGGACUGCUUCCUUCACGAGCGUCUUGAAGGCGACAGAGGACUUUCUGGAGGAGAACAGAAUCAAACUGCCCCUGGGAGAGCUGGAAUCCCUGCAAGAAAAGCUCCACCAGGCUCAGGGGCAGCACCUGUCUCUGCAGGAAAGGGUGGAGGCCGCCCAGAAGGAGCUUGAAAGUGCUGUGAGCUCUGUGGUGCAACAACAGACAGAAAAGGUUAGAGUGAUUAAAGACUUUGAAGAAAAUCAGAAUAAGAUUGAAUCCCUUCUACAUUGGGUGGCAUCGGUGAAGAAGUCUAGAGGGGUCCCAGAAGGUAAAUUGUGGCCGGUGGGAAAAGAUGGUGGAAGCCAUGGAGGCGGAAGAGUCCAAGGUGCCCUUGAUGGCCAUUUGUUGGAAAUGGUUGAAGAGAAUCUUGAUUUGCACUACACGAGUUUGAAGGUCCAUCACCAAGAGCUCCUUUCCCACCAACAAGAUGUCAUUCUGGCCACACAGUCAGCCCAGGGUUUCCUGGACAAGCACAACCACAAUCUUACCCUGGAAGAGAAGCAGGAUCUGCAAAGAAGUCUGGGAGAGCUGAAGGACCAGUAUGCUGCUUCCUUGUCUCAGACAGAGGGGCAGCUCAAACAAGUGCAGGCGCUCCGCGAUGAGCUGCAGAAGUUUUUGCGGGACCACCAAGAGUUUGCCGCCUGGCUGGAACAGGCCGAGCAAGACUUGGAGAAGGUGUGUGCAGGGGACGGCAGUCUGGAGUCCCUUCAGCCUGUGCUCCUCCAGCAGAGCAGCUUCUCUGAAGACGUGAUUUCCCACAAAGGGGACUUGCGCUUUGUCACGAUGUCAGGGCAGAAAGUGUUGGAUGCCGAGAAGGCUGUGGCUGCUGCAAGAGGAGGGGAGCUGUGCCCUGAGAUAUUAGCCACCAGCACAUUAGUGGAGAGCAAACUGGAAGAUGCCAGCAGGAGAUAUGGCACCCUCCACUCUAAGUGCUCUGCCCUUGGCCUCCACCUGAACCUCCUGCUGGAUCGCUCUCGGCAGUUCCAAGAUGUAGCAGAAUCUCUCCGGUCGUGGCUGCAAGAGAGCGAAGAGGCUGUGACCCUCCUCCUGGUGGAGCCCAUUUCCUCUGAUCCGGCCAUUUUGCAAAGGCAGCUGGCUAACACCAAACACCUGCAGGAGGACCUUGCAGAGCAUCAGGUGCCUGUAGAAAAGCUUGAAAAAGCUGCUCGGUCCCUCCUGGAAAUAAGGGAAGGCCCAGUUCCUGACCGCAGAGGCAUCCAGCAGACCACAGAUUCCAUUAUGAGCCGAUUUCAGAGCCUUUCCUGUCGGAUGGCCGAGCGCUCGGAUCUUUUGCAGAAGUCCAUUGCUCAAUCCCAGAGUGUCCAAGAGGCGCUGGAGAGCCUCCUGCAGUCCAUGGCUGAGAUUGAGGGAACUCUCAAAGGGGAGGAUGGGUCUGCAUUUUCCUCCCUUUCCAUCCAGGAGGCACUCGCUACAAACACAAAGCUCAAACAAGACAUUGCCAGGCAAAAGAGCAGCCUGGAAGCCACUCGUGAAAUGGUGACCCGGUUCAUGGAAAGCGCUGACAGCACCACCGCUGCCGCCCUCCAGACCAAACUGGCGGACGUGACCCAGCGCUUCAGCCACCUGUGGCAGCAGCAGCAAGAGAAGGAAGACACCUGGAAGAAGGUCCUGCCCCAGGUGGAACAGUACGAGCAGCUCUCAGAGAAGCUGAAACAAUUCCUGGAGAGCCGAGGGCGGAUGCUGGCCUUGGGAAACCAACCCGAGCGGGACAUUGUCCACUUCGCCCAACAGAUCCAGGAACUGAAUUCCGAGAUGACGCAGCGUCAUGAGGAUCUGGACAACCUGGAACAUUUAACCACAGAGUUAAGUUCUUGUGGGUUGGUGUGGACUGGCUUCUCCUCACACCAAGAGAAGGUGCACAGUUUGCGGAAAGAGUUCACUCAGCUGCAGAAAGCCACAAAGGACAGGGAAAAAGGAGCUUCGUCUUGUCAAGAACAGUUGGAUGUAUUCCGAAAACUGGUUGGGUCACUCAGGCAGUGGCUGGAGGAAACGGAGAGGAAUAUCCCAGCUCCUGAGACGUCUUUGGGCACACAGGAGUUGGAGAAGCGGAGGCAGCAAACAGAGGUCUUUGUGGAAGAAUGGCUAGCAAAGAGGAUUCUUGUGGAGGAAAUGAACCAACGGGGGACAGCUUUAGAGAAUUUAAUCGUUGAGAUUACAGCCCCAGAUGCACAAUCCAAGACAGGUGCUGUGCUCCCUGCUGGUGGUAGUUCAACAGGCAGCGUCAAUGGAUAUCACACCUGCAAAGAUCUGACAGAGAUCCAGUGUGACAUGUCAGACGUCAACCAGCAAUACGAAGGGCUGGGUGCUGCUUUACGGGGGCGUCUUGAGCAACUCUCGGCCAUGUUGGAAAAGAUGAGGGAGGCCCAGGACCAGGUGAAGGCUGUGCUGACGUGGUUGGAGGAGAAGGAGCAGGCUUUGAAAGUCCUGGAAGCUUCCUCUUCACCUACAAAAUCGGAGACAAUGAGAGCUCAGGCAGAACAUAACAAGGCAUUUUUGGGUGAUCUGGAGCAGAACGCUGUGAAGGUCCAGGCAGCCAAGGAAUCGCUCUCUGGACUCCUGAAGAAAUACCCUGACUCUCCAGAAGCAAGAAACUGGAAGAGGAUGUUGGAAGACUUAAAUUCCAGGUGGGCAAAUGCCAAGCAGGUGACAGAGGAGCGUCAGCAGAAGCUAGAAAAAUCAGCCAAUGAACUGGCCAGUUUUCAGGAAGCCGAAGGGCAGCUGAGGCCCUGGCUGAUGGAGAAGGAGCUGAUGAUGAGCGUUCUGGGACCCCUGUCCAUUGAUCCCAAUAUGCUGAAUGCCCAAAAGCAGCAGGUUCAGUUCAUGCUGAAGGAAUUUGAAGCUCGGAAGCACCAGUAUGAUCAGCUGAAUGAGGCAGCCCGGGGAAUCCCCACCAGUCCUGAUGAAACGUCUCCACCCCACAGCCACGUGCAGGAGGAGCUCCAGGCUAUCAACAGGAAGUGGACCAAGCUUACAGAAUGCCUCAACUCUCGUUCCAGUCAAAUUGACCAGGCCGUGGUCAAGAGCACCCAGUUCCAAGAGCUACUCCAGGGGUUGUCUGAGAAGGUGAAGGCUGCUGGACAGCGCCUGAGCACCCAGCCUGCCAUCAGCACCCAACCAGAGGCUGUGAAACAGCAGCUGGAGGAAACCAGUGAAAUCCGGUCUGAGCUGGAGCAGCUGGAAGAGGAGAUCACAGAGGCUCAAGCCCUGUGCGAGCAGCUCUCGGUUCUCAUGGGAGAGCAGUACCUGAAAGAUGAGCUCAGGAAGCGCCUGGAAACGGUCGCCUUGCCUCUCAAAGGGCUGGAGGAUUUAGCAGGUGACCGGCUGAAUCGCUUGCAGACGGCCCUCGCCAGCUCCCAGCAAUUCCAGCAGAUGUUUGAUGAGCUCCACACAUGGCUAGAGGACAGGCUGAAACAGCAGGCACAGAGUGGGCCGAUCUCAGCCAGGCUGGAGAGGCUGCAGUGUCAGAUUCAGGAGCAGGAAGAAUCCCAAAAGAGCCUUAACCAACACAGUGGCUCCUAUGAAAUGAUUGUGGCCGAGGAAGAAUCUUUGCUUCUCUCUGUUCAUCCUGGGGAAGAGAAGACAACCAUGCAAAGCCAGCUGGUUAGCUUGAAAGCAAACUGGGAGGAGCUGAGCAAACAAAUUGCCAGCCGGCACUCCAAACUUAAGGAUUGCUUGCAGAAGGCCCAGAAAUACCAGCGCCACGUGGAAGACCUUUUCCCUUGGGUGGAGGAUUGUAGGUCAAAGAUGUUAGAGUUAGAAGUCACUCUGGAUCUGGUGCAACUGGAAGCCGCUCUUCUGAGGUCAAAGGCCAUGUUGAGUGAUGUAGCAAAACGACGUUCCCUUCUAGAGAUGCUGAAUAGUGCUGCUGAUGUCCUCAUUGAUGCAUCAGAAAUGGAUGAAGACGACAUUAGAGAUGAGAAAGCAGAGAUCAACCACAAGAUGGAUGCUAUAACAGAGGAGCUCCAAGCCAAGACCGAGUCCCUUGAAGAGAUGUCUCAAAGGCUCAAGGAGUUCCAAGAAAGUUUUAGGAACAUUGAAAAGAAACUAGAAGGGACAAAGCACCAGCUGGAGAUCUAUGAAGCUCUUGGCCCUCAGGCCUGCAGCAGUAAAAAUUUGGAAAAACUGAGAGCUCAACAGGAGGCUCUUCAGGCCCUGGGAGCUCAGGUGGAUUACCUCAGGAACUUCACUCAGGGUCUCGUGGAAGAUACUCCAGAUGGAUCAGACUCUUCCCAUCUCUUGCGCCAAGCUGAAAUUGUCCAGCAAGAUUUCAAGGGGGUGAAGCAAAAAGUCAAUGAAUGUUGUAAAAUCAUGGAAAACAAGCUUGAAGGAAUAGGACUAUUUAAUAAUCAUGUUCGGGAAAUGUUUUCCCAACUGACUGACCUAGAUGAUGAGUUGGAUAGCAUGGGCCCUGUUGGGAGGGACAUGGACAGCCUUCAGUCGCAAGCAGACGAUGCCCAGGAAUUUCUGGGCAAACUUCACCAGUUAAGACUGGAUAUCCAGGCUUCCGAAGAGAAGUGUAGACAGAUGCUGGACGAGGAAGGGAGUCCUGAUCUCCUAGGGCUGAAACGUGAACUAGAGACCUUAAGUAAGCAAUGCAUCAAAUUGACUGAAAGGGGGAAAAGCCGCCUGGAGCAGGUGGAGACCACGCUGGCUCGCGUCAAAGACUUCUACAACAAGCUCAAGGAGCUGAACUACAUGACCACUGCGGCAGAAGAGGGUGAAGCACUGCAGUGGGUAGUUGGGACUGAGGUGGACGUCAUCAACCAGCAGCUGGCCGAUUUCAAGCAAUUCCAGAAGGAACAAGUUGACCCCCUUCAAUUAAAGCUGCAGCAAGUCAAUGGGCUUGGACAAGGGCUUGUCCAGAGUGCGGGCAAGAACUGUGAUGUCCAGGGCUUGGAGCAUGACAUGGAAGAGAUCAGCACCCGAUGGAACACCCUCAACAAAAAGGUGGCCCAGAGGAUUGCCCAACUGCAGGAAGCCCUGCUCCACUGUGGGAAGUUCCAGGACGCCCUGGAGCCUUUGCUCAGCUGGCUGGCUGACACCGAGGAGCUCAUCUCCAACCAGAAGCCCCCCUCGGCUGAGUACAAAGUGGUGAAGGCUCAGAUCCAAGAGCAGAAGUUGCUGCAGCGUCUCCUGGACGAUCGGAAAGCGACUGUUGACAUGAUCCAAGCAGAAGGUGACAGAAUCGCCCGGUCAGCUGAACCAGCAGACAGGGAGAAAAUCGUCGGCCAGUUGACAAGCCUGGGAAGCCACUGGGCAAGCCUUCUCAGCAAAGCUUCAGCCAGGCAGAGUCAGCUGGAGGAGAUCCUGGUUUUGGCUAAGCAGUUCCACGAGACUUCAGAACCCAUCUCUGAGUGGUUGUCAGUGACUGAAAAGAAACUGGCCAACUCCGAGCCCAUUGGGACUCAGACUGCCAAAAUCCAGCAGCAGAUUGCGCGGCACAAGGCACUAGAGGAGGAGAUAGACAGUCAGGCUACGGCGGCGACUCAGGUGGUCAGCAUUGGCCAUUCCCUGGCCUUGCUCAGCUGCCGCGCUGAGCAGGUCUCCCUGGCUGAGAAGCUGGACCUGCUUGAGUCCCGGUACGCUGAGGUUUGUGACCGAUGCGGCCGGAAGGCUGCCCUCCUCGAUCAGGCGUUGUCCAACGCCCGGCUCUUUGGGGAGGACGAAGUGGAGGUGCUCAACUGGUUGGCCGAGGUUGAGGACAAGCUCAGCUUGGUGUCCGUCAAGGAUUACAGACGAGAGGUCCUGCAGCAGCAACAUUCUGGCCAGCUGGCUUUGAAUGAUGAGAUUGUGAACCGCAAGAAGCACGUUGACCAGGCCAUGAAGAACGGGCAGGCCCUCCUGAAACAAACCACAGGGGAAGAGGUGCUGCUCAUCCAAGAGAAACUGGAUGGCAUCAAGACCCGCUACUCGGACAUCACCGCUGCCAGCUCAAAGGCUCUCCGCACGCUGGAGCAGGCCCGGCAGCUGGCCACCAAGUUCCAGUCGACCCACGAAGAGUUGACGGGCUGGAUGGGUCAGGUGGAAGAGGAGCUGAUGUCUGGGGGAGGACACUCCCCCACGGGCGAGCAGAUCCCCCGAUUCCAGCAGAGGCAGAAGGAACUAAAGAAGGAGGUGAUGGAACAUCAGAUUAUCCUGGACACGGUGAAUGAAGUCAGCCAUGCCCUCCUUGAACUGGUCCCUUGGCGAGCCCGCGAAGGACUGGAUAAGCUGGUCUCAGAUGCCAACGAGCGGUAUAAAGCAACCAGUGACACCAUCAACCAGCGGGUGGCAGAGAUAGAUGCUGCCAUCCAAAGGUCUCAGCAGUACGAGCAGGCAGCCGAUGCGGAACUCGCCUGGGUUGCUGAGACCAGGCGGAAGCUGUUGGCGCUUGGCCCAGUUAGGCUGGAGCAGGACCAGACCACUGCCCAGCUGCAGGUGCAGAAGGCCUUCUCCAUCGACAUCAUCCGUCACAAAGACUCUGUGGAUGAAUUGCUCAGCCAGCGAACGGAGAUUCUGGGAACUUGUGGAGAGGAGCAGAAAGUCAUGCUGCAGGAGAAGACCGAGUCUCUUCUGGAGCAGUACGAGGAGACCAGCCACCUCCACUCUGAACGCUACGCCCGCCUGGAACGGGCCCAGGUCCUGGUCAACCAGUUCUGGGAGACCUACGAAGAGCUUAGUCCUUGGCUUGAGGAGACCCAGGUGCUGAUUGGGCAGCUGCCGCCUCCAGCAAUCGACCAUGAGCACCUCAAGCAGCAGCAGGAAGAUAUGAGGCAACUGCGGGAAUCAAUUGCUGAACACAAGCCCCAUAUUGACAAGCUGCUGAAAAUUGGCCCUCAACUGACGGAGCUGAACCCUGAGGAGGGGGCAAUGGUGCAGGGGAAGUACUUUGCCGCAGAAGCCGCCUACUCCCACAUCAAGGAAGAGGUCCACCAGCGGGCUCUGGCCCUCGAUGAGGCCAUCUCCCAGUCCACACAGAUUGCAGAGUUCCAUGACAAGAUAGAGCCGAUGCUGGAGACGCUGGAGAGCCUCUCCUCCCGCCUGCGCAUGCCUCCCUUGAUCCCAGCCGAGGUGGAAAAGAUCCGUGAGUGCAUUGGGGACAACAAAAAUGCCACGCUGGAGCUGGAGAAGCUGCAGCCAUCCUUCGGAGGUCUGAAGCGCCGGGGAGAGGAGCUGAUCAGACGGUCCCAAGGAGCAGACAGGGACCUAGCAGCCAAAAACAUCCAGGAUAAAUUGGAUCAGAUGGUAUUUUUCUGGGAAGACAUCAAAGCUCGGGCCGAGGAGCGUGAGAUCAAGUUCCUUGAUGUCCUGGAGCUGGCAGAAAAGUUUUGGUACGACAUGGCUGCCCUCCUAACCACCAUCCGGGACACCCAAGACAUUGUCCAUGACCUGGAAAGUCCUGGGAUUGAUCCAUCGAUCAUCAAACAGCAGAUUGAAGCAGCUGAGACCAUCAAGGAAGAGACAGACGGUUUGCAUGAAGAACUGGAAUUCAUCCGGAUCCUCGGGGCCGAUCUGAUUUUCGCCUGUGGGGAGACGGAGAAGCCAGAAGUUAAGAAAAGCAUUGAUGAGAUGAACAGUGCCUGGGAACAGCUGAACAGAACCUGGAAGGAGAGGCUGGAGAAGCUGGAGGAGGCCAUGCAGAGCGCAGUGCAGUAUCAGGAUAAUCUGCAGGCUAUGUUUGACUGGCUAGAUAACACAGUGAUUAAACUGUGCAACAUGUCCCCGGUGGGCACAGACCUCAACACUGUCAAAGAGCAACUGAAUGAGAUGAAGGAGUUCAAAACGGAAGUAUACCAGCAGCAAAUAGAGAUGGAGAAGCUGAAUCACCAGGGAGAACUUUUGCUCAAAAAAGCCACAGAUGAGACUGACCGAGACAUCAUCAGAGAGCCACUAACAGAACUGAAGCAUCUGUGGGAGAAUCUGAGUGAAAAAAUAGCUCAUCGACAGCACAAACUGGAGGGAUCUCUCUUGGCCCUUGGCCAGUUCCAGCAUGCCCUGGCUGAGCUCAUGGCGUGGUUGACCCACACCGAAGAGCUACUGGAUUCCCAGAAGACCAUCAACGGGGACCCCAGAGUCAUUGAAGUGGAGUUGGCCAAGCACCAUGUGCUGAAGAACGAUGUGUUGGCCCACCAAGCGACGGUGGAGACGGUGAACAAGGCUGGCAAUGAACUCCUGGAGUCCAGUGCCAGGGACGAUGCCAGCAGCCUCCGCAGCCGCCUGGAGACCAUGAACUCUUGCUGGGAGUCGAUCCUGCAGAAGACGGAAGUGCGGGAGCAGCAGCUGCAGGCAACCCUUCAGCAGGCCCAGGGCUUCCACGGUGAAAUCGAGGACUUCCUCUCGUGGCUCACCAGGAUGGAGAGUCAGCUGUCAGCUUCCAAGGCAACGGGAGGCCUGCCAGAAACUGCCCGGGAACAACUGAACACCCACAUGGAACUCUACGCCCAGCUCAAGGCAAAUGAGGAAACCUACAGCCAGCUCCUGGCGAAGGGGAGGCUCAUGCUUCUGAGCCACGACGAUUCUGGAUCUGGAUCAAAGAUGGAGCAAAGUGUGGCUCUCUUGGAACAGAAAUGGGUCUUGGUCAGCACAAAGAUGGAAGAGCGGAAGUCCAAGCUGGAAGAGGCACUCAACUUGGCGACCGAAUUCCAGAAUUCCCUGCAGGACUUCAUCAACUGGCUGACCCUUGCGGAGCAGAGUCUGAACGUUGCUUCUCCUCCGAGCCUCAUCCAUAGCACUGUGCUCUCCCAAGUGGAAGAGCACAAGGGUUUUGCGAAUGAAGUAAACGCCCACCGGCAUCAGAUCAUUGCGCUGGACCAAAGCGGAAACCAGCUGAAGUUCCUGAGCCAGAAGCAGGAUGUGGUCCUGAUCAAGAAUCUCCUGGUCAGCGUGCAGUCUCGCUGGGAGAAGGUUGUCCAGCGGUCAGUUGAACGGGGGCGGGCUCUAGAUGAUGCCAGGAAGCGGGCAAAACAGUUCCAUGAAGCUUGGAGAAAGUUGGUGGACUGGUUGGAAGAUGCUGAAAAUCAUCUAAAUUCUGAGCUGGAAAUUUCCAACGAUCCAGACAAAAUCAAAUUGCAGCUUUCCAAGCACAAGGAGUUCCAGAAAACCCUGGGAGGCAAACAGCCUGUUUACGACACCACCAUCCGCACCGGGAGAGCCUUGAAAGAGAAAGCUCACUUCCCCGAUGACACCCAAACCCUGGAUCACCUCCUGGGGGAAGUCCGGGAUAAAUGGGACACCGUUUGUGGCAAAUCUGUGGAGCGGCAGCACAAACUGGAAGAGGCGCUUCUCUUCUCUGGGCAGUUCAUGGAUGCCCUGCAGGCCUUGGUGGACUGGCUCUACAAAGUGGAGCCCCAGCUGGCCGAAGACCAGCCUGUCCACGGGGAUCUGGACCUGGUCAUGAAUUCAAUGGAUGCUCACAAGGUUUUCCAGAAAGAACUUGGCAAGCGGACGGGCACUGUCCAGGUUCUCAAGCGCUCAGGUCGGGAACUGAUUGAGAACAGCCGAGACGACACCACCUGGGUGAAAGUGCAGCUUCAGGAGCUGAGCAACCGCUGGGAUACGGUCUGCAAGAUGUCCGUCCUGAAGCAGACGCGGCUGGAGCAGGCCUUACAGCAGGCCGAGGAGUUCCGGACAGCCAUCCACCAGCUGCUGGAGUGGCUCUCGGAGGCCGAGCAGACCCUCCGCUUCCGGGGAGCUUUGCCCGAUGACGCGGAAGCACUGCAGUCACUCAUCGAUGUACACAAGGAGUUUAUGAAGAAAGUGGAGGAAAAAAGGCUGGACGUGAACUCGGCGGUGGGGAUGGGAGAAGCCAUCCUGUCUGUGUGCCAUCCGGACUGCGUCACCACCAUAAAACACUGGAUCACCAUCAUCCGUGCUCGGUUCGAAGAGGUUCUCACUUGGGCAAAGCAGCAUCAGCAACGGCUUGAAGCGGCGCUCCUGGAACUCAUGGCCAACGCGGAGCUGCUGGAAGAACUGCUGGCGUGGAUCCAGUGGGCGGAGGCCACGCUGAUCCAGCGGGACCAGGAGCCCCAGAAUAUCGAGCAGGUCAAGGCCCUCAUUGCGGAGCACCAGUCCUUCAUGGAAGAGAUGACCCGGAAGCAGCCGGAUGUGGAUCGUGUCACCAAAACCUACAAGAGGAAAGCGACUGAGCCAGCUCAUGGCUCUUUCAUGGAAAAAUCCCGCAGCAACAGGAAGCCCUUGAACCAGGCAGCCCCUCCGCCCCUGCCGAUCCUCUUGCAGGCCGAAGCCAAGAACCCACGCAUCAACCAGCUCUCGGCACGUUGGCAGCAGGUGUGGCUCCUGGCACUGGAGCGGCAGCGCAAGCUCAACGAUGCCCUGGACAGGCUGGAAGAGUUGAAAGAGUUUGCAAACUUUGACUUUGACGUAUGGCGGAAGAAAUACAUGCGCUGGAUGAACCACAAGAAAUCCCGUGUGAUGGAUUUCUUCCGGCGGAUCGACAAAGACCAGGAUGGGAAGAUCACCCGGCAGGAGUUCAUUGACGGGAUCCUGGCCUCGAAAUUCCCCACAACGAAGUUAGAAAUGACAGCUGUCGCUGAUAUCUUUGACCGGGAUGGGGACGGCUAUAUUGACUACUAUGAGUUCGUAGCUGCUCUGCACCCUAACAAAGAUGCUUACCGGCCCACAACGGAUGCGGACAAAAUCGAGGAUGAGGUGACAAGGCAGGUGGCUCAGUGCAAAUGUGCCAAGCGAUUCCAAGUGGAGCAGAUUGGAGAGAACAAGUACCGGUUCUUCCUCGGCAACCAGUUCGGGGAUUCCCAGCAGCUGCGGCUGGUCCGUAUCCUGCGAAGUACAGUCAUGGUUCGUGUCGGUGGCGGAUGGAUGGCUCUGGACGAGUUCCUGGUCAAAAACGAUCCUUGUCGAGUUCACCACCCUGGGAGUAAAAUCAAACGCUCCGACUCCAGCUCUUCGAUUGCCAGUCAGUCUCCGAUAGCACGAGGCCGGACGAACCUUGAACUCCGGGAAAAAUUCAUCCUGCCCGAGGGCGCCUCUCAGGGAAUGGCGCCCUUCCGCUCCCGUGGCCGGAGGUCCAAGCCUUCCUCCCGGGCUGCCUCCCCCACACGGUCCAGCUCAAGCGCCAGCCAGAGCAACCACAGCUGCCCCUCCGUGCCAUCCUCCCCUGCCACCCCUGCCAGCGGGGCCAAGACUCCGCAUCACUUCACUCGUUGUUAUGACAAACCCUGGUUGGUAAACAGCAAGGCAGGUACCCCCCUGAGGGGCUGCGAUAAUGCCGACCUCCACCUGCCUGCUUCCGAGGUUGCCCCGUCCUCGGGCAGCAAGUUGAAACGGCCCACUUUCCACUCCAGCCGGACGUCUCUCACUGGGGACACCAGUAACAGCUCCUCACCAGCUUCUUCCGGUGCCAAAACCAGUCGGACCGAUCCUAAGAAAACGGCCAGUCGCCCCACCAGCCGUGCAGGCAGCCACGCAGGGAGCCGAACCAGCAGCCGGCGAGGCAGCGAUGCCUCCGACUUUGAUCUCCUGGAGACGCAGUCCGCCUGCUCAGACACUUCGGAGAGCAGCGCAACAGGAGGAGGACAGGGCGGCUCCCGGCGGGGCCUAGCCAAGCCCUCCAAGAUCCCCACCAUGUCCAAGAAAACAAGCACUGCCAAAUCUCCCGGCCCCAAGAGAUAAUGCGGCACCCACAGGACGCCCAGCUUUGCACAGACAACAGAAACCUGUGUCCAGUUUUUAACCCUGCUUCAUACAUUGGAUGUAUAUUUAUUCUACAUGGGAGAAAUUAUAUUGUUAAAAGUGUAAAAGAAAAUUGUGUUAUGAAGCUGCCUUAUUUGGUUCUCUCUUUUUUUAAUAGGUUGUUUUUUUUUUUUUCAUGUGAAUAUUUCUGUAGAUAAAACUUGCCUUCCUUGCAACGGGGCCCAGGGGAAAACUGAAACAUGGGAGAGAAGCAAAAGGUCAAGAUGUGAAAAUGUAAAAACAAGCAAAUGAUAUAAAUAGGAUUUCUGUGCAGUGCAGGAGAUGUUCCUGCAUUAUCUUUUAGGAUUGUUUCCUAAACGCAUCUUUAUAAAAAAAAUAACGUGCUGUUUCAGCAAGAGAAAUUAUAUUUAAGAAUAACAUCUGGAGAUCCAACAUAAGAAGGGAACUUGCUUUUCUUUCUCUCUCUCCUUGUCAAAUCACAGAUACCUCAAUAAGAGAAAUGCACGGUGAGGGAGUUUGUUUCCAAUUUUAAAGAUAAAUUCCGAUGGUUUUACCUGAAGAUAGCUUGAAAAUGGACCUUUGCACAUGCUUUAUUUAAAUAAGGAACUCCACUACAAUACUGUAUUUUGCAAAAGGAAACUCCUGUCAAGCUGUCAAAGAAUAACAUUUGGGGGGAAUUACAAUGGCAGAACCAUUGUAGGGAGGUAAAACCCGUGUGGUUUUAGCAGUGAGGGGGUGGGAGGAUCUUAAAUUUGCUCCUGUUUAGCCACAAGAGAACCCAUUUCCAAAAGGCAAACCACGAGCGAAAGAACUGAUUUUACGUUUUAGUUCACAGACUGCAAUUAGGUGGCUUUCUUAGGCCGGUCUGGGCCCUUCCGGCCACCAGGACCCCAGAGAGCCUCUGCUGUGGAGCAGCCAGCUGCCUUUGAAACUCACACCCACCACCACCACCACCACCACCACGUGCUCUUGGGGAGGUGGAGAAGCAUCACCAGCAGACACACACACCCCGGCUGUUCUCCUUUGUGGAGGAAGAGAGGGACCACCCUGCAAAAAGGGGCUGGGGGUGACCUGGUCUUCCUGUAUUUAUUCACUUGUACUCUUGUCCCUGCUCAGACCGACCACAGUGCUGUGUGAUUCUCUCAGUUGGUUUAAUUGAGCCAGAACCGGAAGCUCUACCAAUGAAUUGUUUAAAAACAAACACGUUUUGUAUUAAAAUUGCUUGCAGUAAUAAAA